AAAAGCUAGAGCACCAACAAACAACCACCAUUAAAGAAGAAAAUGCCAUGUUCAAAAGAAACUCUUGCUUGGUUGUUCUACAAUGCCUCAACCUUCUUCCUCCUCCUCCUCCUCUUCCUCCACUUCUCCAUCACUUUCUUGCUCAAAUUCUUGCACUUGAUUGGAAGCUACCCAAUAAUCCCAAGAAAUCAAAAUGACUUUGAUUACAUGUUCUCUGACGAGGAGGAGGAAGAGGAGGAGGUGGUCCAAUAUAACAACAACAACUAUUUCCAUGUCGAAAGCGCGCCGGAAUCAAUUGCUUUUGUGUCAGACAACUACAACCAUCUCCACAGGAAUCAUGAUUUUUGUGAAGAAUUACCAGAGAAGGUGAAUGAGCCUGUGAUUGAAGAAUUACAAGAUGGAAGUUUUGAUGAGCAGUUUGGUUCUGCUAAUGAUUAUGAUGACUUAUCACCAAGUUCAUCAGAAUCGGUACAAGGUGAUGCAGAUGUUGUUGAACAAGAGAUCCCAAAAAGAUAUGCUGAUUCUCUCCACAAUUUUGUCCAAAAUCAAAGCUGCCCCACAUUGCCAACUUCCAUAGAUCAUCAACACAAAAGUGGUUUUGUGGACAAUGACAAAUUCCGUGACGAUUACUUUGAGGAUCCGAAAUUCGAAAAAACAAAGUUGGAUUCAAAUUUUUCUGAAGAUGGGAACUUUUUAGAUUAUGCACCAAACCAAUUGGAGUCCAGAAAGCUUAAAGCUAUAGAGAAGAAUGAUGAAGAGAUUUUUGGAGAUUCAUGUACAAAUGGGUCUACUUCUAAGAGCUCCUCUGAAUGGAGAAGUUCAAUCAAUUGUAGAGAUUCAGGGACUGAAGAUCCAUUCUCUUCUUCUUCAAGAAGAAGUUGCCCAAAGUGGGAAUCCUACACUGUUUUCCAAAAAUAUGAUGAAGAGAUGAUGUUCCUUGACAGAAUUAGUGCACAAAAGCUCCAUGAAACAGAGUCACUUAGGUCCAUCAAAGUGUGUCCAAGAUCAAUUUCAGAGAGAAUUGUUCACAAGUUUGCAACAAUAAACAAGACUAGGUCUUCUGACAUCCGUCACAACCCGUAUCAUGAACUAGAAGCUGCUUAUGUAGCUCAGAUUUGCUUGACAUGGGAAGCUCUCAAUUGGAAUUACAUCAACUUCCAACGGAAGAGAGCUGCUCGUCGUCGCGAUUUUGAUCCAGGGUGCCCUGCUGGUGUUGCUCAGCAAUUCCAACAGUUUCAAGUUCUUUUACAAAGAUACAUAGAAAAUGAGCCUUAUGAACAAGGCAGAAGACCUGAAGUCUAUGCCAGGAUGAGGCUCUUGGCUCCCAAGUUGCUUCUAGUACCCGAAUAUCGAGAUUUUGAAGAUGAUGAAAAGGAUGAAGGGUAUGGCUCAAGAAUUUCAACAGCUUUAUUUCUUAUGAUCAUGGAAGAUGGGAUCCGAACAUUCAUGAAUUUUCUCAAGGCUGAUAAGCAGAAACCCUGCCAGAUUCUCAAAGCCUUCUUCUCUACAAAUCGAAGAGGUUCUGUCGAUCCUACACUUCUUCAUUUGAUGAAGAAAGUUAACAACAAAAAAAAGAUGAAGCUUAAAGAUCUUCGCCGGGUUCGAAAAUGCCUGAGGAAGAAGAAAUUAACAGUGGAAGAAGAGAUGGAGAUUUUGAUGGGUCUAAUUGACCUCAAAGUGGUGUCUAGGGUUCUAAGAAUGAUUGGUUUAGGUGAAGAACAGAUGCAUUGGUGUGAAGAGAAGAUGAGCAAAGUGAGAGUCUCAGAUGGGAAACUCCAAAGAGAUUCCUCAACGCUUUUCUUCCCAUCACAUUGACCCCACCAUUACACUAUUUAAUUUGUUGCUUUGAUGACUCGAUCAUCAAUGUGUUGCACACACACACAGAUGGAUAUUCAUAUUACGUGGCUAACCCCUUUUGUAAAUAAGAUAUACUCUAUAUAUAUAAUUAAGAAUGCAUCACAGUCAA